UGGAGGGAGCUGGGCUAUGAGUACAUCAACAUCGAUGACUGCUGGUCAGCCAAGCAGCGGGACGCAGCAGGACGGCUGGUUCCUGACCCUGAGAGGUUUCCCAGGGGAAUAAAGGCUCUGGCUGAUUACGUCCAUGCCCGGGGCCUGAAGCUGGGCAUUUAUGGUGACCUGGGCACAUUCACCUGCGGGGGCUACCCAGGCACCACGCUGGACUGCGUGAAGCAGGACGCCCAGACCUUUGCGGAGUGGGGUGUGGACAUGCUGAAGCUGGAUGGGUGCUACUCGUCGGGAGAGGAGCAGGCGGAGGGCUACCCAGAAAUGGCAAAGGCCUUGAAUGCAACAGGCCGCCCCAUCGUCUACUCCUGCAGCUGGCCGGCAUAUCAGGGCGGGCUCCCCCCUAAGGUGAACUACACCGUCCUGGCAGAGGUCUGCAACCUGUGGCGUAACUACGAUGACAUCCAGGACUCCUGGGACAGCAUACUUUCCAUCCUGGACUGGUUCUCUGCAAACCAGGAUGUCCUGCAGCCGGUGGCUGGCCCUGGCCACUGGAAUGACCCUGACAUGCUCAUCAUUGGAAACUUUGGCCUUAGCUACGAGCAGUCACGCUCCCAAAUGGCCUUGUGGACGGUGAUGGCAGCUCCGCUCCUUAUGUCCACAGACCUCCGCACCAUCUCCCCGAGUGCCAAGGAGAUCCUGCAGAACCGCCUGAUGAUCCAGAUCAACCAGGACCCCCUGGGAAUCCAGGGGCGCAGGAUUGUCAAGGAGAAAUCCCACAUCGAGGUGUUCCUGCGCCCACUGUCCCAUGCUGCCAGUGCCCUUGUCUUCUUCAGCCGGAGGACGGAUAUGCCCUUCCUCUACACCACCAGCCUGGCCAAGCUUCACUUCCCUGAGGAUGCGGUGUAUGAGGUUCAAGAUGUGUACAGUGGGAAGAUCAUCAGCGGCUUAAAGACAGGAGACAGCUUCUCGGUUGUUAUUAACCCCUCGGGGGUAGUGAUGUGGUAUGUCUAUCCCAUGGCACUCUCGGUGCAGCCCUGGCACAUCGUCAAACAGCGAGCCCCUGGUGGGAGUUUCCGCCCAGUCCUCCUGUGA